AUGGGCACCUGCCGGGCUUGUCACCGCUCUGCAGCAGCAGCAGUGGUCACCCCACACUACUGCAGGGGGCGUGACAGGGAGGGGACACUGGGGGCUCUAGGAGGCCGGAAGUGCUCUAAGUCUGGGUAUGGACGAUGGUCACGUGGUUGCACGAUCCAGUACAAAUUCGUCAAGCUGUACCUGGAAGAAUUGCCCUUGCUGUUUCGAAGUCAUGGGGAAGUUUCUGCACACAGGUAUCGCCGAGGCUGGUGCAAGUACCUGCAGGGCGGCUGCAGCCUCCGGUCCUGGUCCCUUGGACGCCACCUGUUGAGCGGCCUCGGAAGGACUGAGCAGGUCAGCGAGUCCUCGUGGAUCCUCAUCCCAAAACACCCCAGUCCCUGCACCUUCUCCCGGCUUAUUCCGGAAGUGAUUCUCUGGUCUCCGAAGGCGCCUGAACUGGUCCUUUCCCCUCGAGGCCCUUCCUUUGCGCCUCUGAUCAAGUCGGCACACACCCAAGACUUCCCGGGGCGCUGGCUAGAGUCACUCUCGUGGGUGCCAUCUCCACCUCUGGUUCCACGCGACUCUCCGGUGUCUGGAAGAGCCGUGAGCGCGGCGGCUGCGUCCGGACCCGCGUGUUCUCUGAGAGAAGAGCGGGAGGCAGGAGCCGGGGCCCGCAGGCCGGAGCUCUGCUGCUUCUGUGGUUCGUUUGCAUCAUCUGCAAAGAGAACCCAAGUGGUUGGAAUUCCACCACAGGAGGCUCAGGACUUCCUGCCGAGUCCUUCCUACUGA